UUCAACGUCAUUCGCAGCAGAAACGUCGAGCCGACUAGAGGUCCUGCCGCUUUUUGGGAGUUCACUCAGUCCGCAAGGAUCAGCGUUAUCAGUUUGUUGUUAAGUUUCCUUCCGUUCUACGUUCACCGUUCUACGUUCUCCGUUCACCGUUCACCGUUCCACGUUCUACGUUUUGUUCUGUUUUAUUAAUUGCCAAACGCGUUUAAGUUAUCCACUAUCGAUGCCAUGGCCCAAACACAGACACAAAUGCAAACCCACUCGGAAACCGAGACCCUCAAACACCCACACAGCAUCGGCAUCCAGCUGCAGCACAAGGGCAUGCCCCACGGCCUCGGUUUGCUGACCACAGUGGCCUCCCUGCCCCCCAAGUACCGCAGUCGCUAUCUGAACCUGAAAACCAAGUGCGAAAUUCCACUGGAUCUCACGGUGAAACUACCAUCGCCAGUGCCCAGUUGCGAUGUGCCGGUGGCCACCACAUUCACGGAGGUCUAUACCGAAAAUGUGCAGCCGAUCCAGCCGGAAAAGCCAAGGGAGGUGAAGGACCAGCAGCCGGAGUCGGAGCCGGAGCCGGAGCGGCAGCACGAGGCCCUAAAUCCAGUGAAACCGCCAACCCCACCACAAAGUCCAACUAGCAAACGAAAAUUGAGCUGCGACACUGAUGACGGCUAUCAGCAACCUGCCAAAAUGUCCAAAAUGGAAGCAUCCGCUGUCGAGAUUGAAGCUACGCCGGCGAAACCCAUCCAGGUGACCGAUUCUGCGCCAAAAACCAACAAGCCCACCACCUCCUCCGGCAAGCCCUCACGCAAUAAGGCCACACGUAAGCUUAAAUUCGACGAGGAAACCAGUUCACCGGUUUCCGGCACAAUUAUCCGACCUCUGGAGGACAUCACCGAUGGCACCAUGCAGUACAGCAACGGUGACAUAGAUCCCAAGUACAACAUCGUUGAGAUCACGGAGGAGACUAAGGCUGAAUUGGCGGCCAUCAAGAAUGUGAUUGGGGACUAUGUGUGCCGGUUGUGCAAGAUCAAGUUUGAGGAUGCCUUCGGGCUGGCGCGGCACAGAUGUGCCUGCAUUGUGCUCCUCGAGUACAGGUGCCCCGAGUGCGGUAAGCAGUUCAAUUGUCCCGCCAACCUGGCCUCCCAUCGUCGCUGGCACAAGCCGAAAAAGGAGGCCGCCACCUCCUCCAAAAAAGAGAAUCGCAACACCAUCAAUCAACAGCAGCAGCAGACACAACAACCACAGCAGCUGGCUGACAAAAAGGAUGCCGAAGAAGUGUCCUUUGAUUGUCUGGAGUGUGGCAAGAAAUUCAAGAGGGCUGCCUACCUGAGAAAACACCAACUGACUCACCAGAAAAAGGCGAAACUGGGGGAGGAACCAGUCGAACCACCCAUCCCCACACCCACCACAACAACCACAAUAACUGGCAGUUUCCACUUCAAUCAGGCUGGCUCUUCGGGAGUCUCCACGUCCUCCGCCAGCAGCUCGCACUCGGAUGAGGGAGUCUACGUUGUGGGCACGGCAUCCAGAAGUAAUUACGACUAUGACAAUGAUUACCUCUCAGACUGCAGCACCUCGACCUCAUCCGCCGGCUACGGGCGCCUCCAGAUCGUGGAGCACGGUCUCACCGAGGAGGAGAGUAUUGCUGCCGCGGCCUUGACCAAUCUGCGGAACUGUGCCUCCGUCAUCCAGCACACCACCAUGGCCCACUAAUAUCGAGUGAGAUUUUAUACCAAAAAUAACAAUAGUUUUUACUUGAAAGUUUAGUUAAGUUUAGUUAUUAGUUAAACCAAAAAUCCCAUUCCACGUUUGGGAUAUCUGCAGCUAAAACCGACCAAAGAAUUAGUUUUAUUAUGAAAAGGGUAAUUCAGUUUACCCGUUUUUAAUAUUAGUUAGAUGUAAAGUUUAGUUUAGUUAACCGAUUCAGUUUCGUUCGCAAGAUGAGUUCAAUUCUAGUCAGACUCUAAUUUGUAAUCCGUACUUCGGCAAUCAUUCCCAGUAGGUACUUUUAAUUCUAGUCAGUGUAAACCAAAGAAUCUUGGCACUAGUCAGCUUCAGGAGGAUCUCAAAAACACUUCUAGUCAUUAGGAUUAGUUAAGGAACAGUUGGGAGUGCAAAGAACUCUAGUCAAACAAAAAACAUCAAAAACCAAAGAUUCAUUACUAACAUUUCUCAUAACUUAUAACCCUCAUAGCUAUUUUUCAAACUAACACUUUUCAUAAACUUUUAUCUGAAACUAACACUCCAUC